AUGCAGGUGGAGACAAAUCAGAGAGUGAUGGUUGGAGAUUCAGUGACUCUUACAUGUGAAACUACCUGCAGUCUGACUGAAGAAACAACAUUCAUCUGGUACAGAAACACACAGAGAUUCACUGAAGGAAUAAUUACAUUGAAUCAACUUCACCUGCAGUCAGUCAGUCGUGAUGAUUCAGGAGUUUAUAGAUGUGAUGCUGUAAGAGGAUCUGAAUGUCUGCUAUCCUCUCCUGAUGUUUAUCUUAGUGUUGAGUAUCCCCCUGAGAAAACUUCAGUGUCCAUCAGUGGAUUUGGUGAAAUAAUGGAGGGUGAUUCAGUGAAUCUGACCUGCAGCAGUGAAUCAAAUCCACCUGUUCACAAAUACAGCUGGUUUAAAGUGAAUGAAACAUCAUCUGUUGGAUCUGGACAGACGUACAGCAUCAGUAACUUUAACUCCAGUCACAGUGAACGGUUUUACUGUGAGGCUCAGAAUAAAUAUGGAUCUCAAAAAUCAGCUGCUGUAUCAGUCACAGUAACAGGGGCUCAGGGUUCUGCUUUUUAUACACUUUAUGGGAUUGUGGCAGGAUGUGGUGGUUUGUUCCUUAUCAUCAUCUUCAUCAUUUUGUUUAUUAGGAAGUGCAGGAGAGAUCGUACAGCAGAAGACAUCAAGCGGAAGCAGACGGCUGACUCGAGUGAUGAUACAUACACAGCUCUGAAUCCUGAGUCCAGAACAUCUGAUGACAUUUACAACACAAUCAGAUCUGAUCAGUGCAGGGCUGCUGAUGGCGUCUACACGACUCUUGAACUUCAGUCCAGAUCUUCUGAAUAUGACACACUUACAGUAAACAGACAUUAAACUCUCUCUCAAUGCCAAUAUGGGAAAAAACUCUCUUGAUCUCUUUGUCAUCUCUCCUCAAUAGUGUCUUCUCUGUUUUGCUUAUUUUUGGAUGAAA